CCCCCGCACCUCCCGCCCCGGCUUCUCUCGGCCUCGGCGGGGAGCUGCACCUCCGCCGCUCCGCGGGCCCGCUCGGCUUGCUUUUCCGUCCCCGAAGUGAGUUUGCCGGUGCGGGAGGAGCUUCGGGCAGCCGGCCGCAGCCAUGCUGGCCGGUAAGGAGACGCGGCUGCUGCACCUCGGCGAGAUGGAGAAGCUGGACAAGACUCUCUUCAGGCUGGAGCAAGGCUUUGAACUACAAUUCCGACUGGGCCCAACUCUUCAAGGCAAGCCUGUGACUGUGUACACAAAUUAUCCAGCUCCUGGAGAAGUAUUUGAUCGCCACAAGUUCAGGACGCUAUCGUGGCACAAUCCCACAGGAAAAGAAGAUGAUUCUGACAAAUACUGCAAGCUGGAUCUCCAAAUUUCUGGGUCAUACCAGUACUAUUUCAGUCUCGGAAAUGAAAAAAGUGGUGGAGGUUAUAUCGUUGUGGAUCCUAUUUUGCGUGUCGGAGCCGAUAAUGAUGUGUUACCUUUGGAUUGUGUUACCCUUCAGACGUUCCUCGCUAAGUGUAUGGGACCGUUUCAUGAAUGGGAGGAUAGGCUUAAAGUUGCAAAAGAAACAGGUUACAACAUGAUUCAUUUUACGCCGCUGCAGAAGCUUGGACUGUCGAGAUCAUGUUAUUCACUGGCUGAUCAAUUAGAAGUAAAUCCUGACUUUUCAAGCCCUAGUAAACAGUGCACUUGGAGUGAUAUAGGAGCUCUUGUGGAAAAGCUGAAAACUGAAUGGAAUAUGCUUUGUGUCACAGAUGUAGUCUACAAUCAUACUGCCACUAACAGUGAAUGGCUCAGGAUGCAUCCAGAAUGUGGCUAUAACCUUGUAAAUUCUCCUCACCUGAAGCCAGCUUGGGUCUUGGAUAGAGCUCUGUGGCACUUAACCUGUAUGGUGGCUGAUGGAAAGUAUACUGCUAAAGGGGUUCCUCCCUUGAUUGAAAAUGAUCAUCACCUGAAUUGUAUCCGUAAAAUAAUAUGGGAAGAUGUGUAUCCAAAAAUUAAACUAUGGGAAUUUUUCCAAGUGGAUGUUAACAAAGCUGUGCAGCAAUUUAAAACCCUUCUAACUCAAGGCAAAAUGAGCACUAAAUCUGAUCCAAAUCAACAUCUUCAAGUAGUUCAGGACCCUGAUUAUAGGCGGUUUGGCUGUACUGUAGAUAUGAAUAUAGCCUUGGCAACAUUCAUACCACACAGCAAUGGACCAGCUGCAAUAGAAGAGUGUUGUAACUGGUUUCGCAAGAGACUUGAGGAAUUGAAUGCUGAACAGCAGAGACAAACUCAUCACCAUCAAGAGCAGGCUGUCAAUUGUCUUGUGGGCACUGUGGUUUAUGAACGACUGGCUGGUGGUGGUCCUAAGCUGGGUCCUAUCACUAGAAAAUAUCCUUUAGUUACCAGGUAUUUCACUUAUCCAUUCAAAGAGCUUACAGUGGAGGAAGAAGAAACUAUGAUACAUCAACCAGAUAAAGCUUGUUAUUUCAUGGCACAUAAUGGCUGGGUUAUGGGAGAUGAUCCUCUUAGAAACUUUGCAGAACCAGGCUCAAAUGUUUACUUGAGAAGAGAGCUCAUUUGCUGGGGAGACAGUGUGAAGCUGCGUUAUGGUAAUAAACCUGAAGACUGCCCCUAUCUGUGGGCUCACAUGAAAAAAUACACUGAAAUCACUGCCAAGUAUUUCCAUGGUGUUCGUCUUGACAACUGUCACUCAACACCCAUUCAUGUAGCUGAGUACAUGCUGGACACAGCUAGGAAAUUGCGAGCCAAUUUGUAUGUAGUGGCUGAGCUGUUCACUGGAAAUGAGGAGCUGGACAAUAUCUUUGUGAAUAGGCUGGGCAUUACCUCCUUAAUAAGAGAGGCAAUGACUGCUUAUAAUAGCCAUGAAGAAGGAAGGUUAGUUUAUCGUUUUGGAGGUGAACCCGUUGGCUCUUUUGUUCAGCCGCAUUUGAGGCCUUUGAUGCCGGCUAUUGCUCAUGCACUCUUUAUGGAUAUUACCCAUGAUAAUGAAUGUCCAAUUCAGCAUCGAUCCGCAUAUGAUGCCCUUCCCAGCGCAAUGAUUGUUUCCAUGGCAUGCUGUGCUACAGGAAGCACCAAAGGCUAUGAUGAACUAGUACCACACCAGAUCUCUGUGGUAUCUGAAGAGAGGUUUUAUGCAAAAUGGAAUCCAGCAGCACACCUGGCUUCUGGUGAAGUUAACUUCCAAACGGGAAUUCUAGCAGGAAGGCUGGCCAUUAACAGGCUGCAUCAGGAGCUGGGGGCUAAAGGCUUUAAUCAGGUGUAUGUAGAUCAAGUUGAUGAAGACAUAGUGGCAGUGACAAGGCAUUGCCCUAACACACACCAGUCUGUUGUGGCUGUAAGUCGAACUGCCUUCAGGGAUCCUAAAACUUCAUUCUACAGUAAAGAAGUACCUGAAAUGUGUAUCCCAGGAAAAAUAGAAGAAGUAGUACUUGAGGCUCGGACUAUUGAGAGAAGUGCCAGUCCUUACAAAAAAGAUGAGCGUUUUGUAAAUGGAUUGCCUAAUUUCACAGUGGAACUCAGAGAGCACAUCCAGAUCAAGGACAGUAAAAUCAUAAAGCAAGCAGGAACUGCCAUAAAAGGGCCGAAUGAAUUUGUUCAAGAAAUAGAGUUUGAAAAACUGACGCCAGGAAGUGUAAUAGUGUUCAGAGUUAGUCUUGACCCAAAGGCACAAGAGGCUGUUGGUGUACUCCGCAAUCACUUGAUCCAGUUCAGCCCUCACUUUAAAUCUGGAAGUCUUCCUGAUGAUCAUUCAGCACCCAUAUUAAAUACGUUGUUCUCCUCUAUUGCAUCUAAACUGACUUUGGCUGACCUAAAUCAAGUGCUGUAUAGAUGUGAGGCAGAAGAGCGAGAAGAUGGUGGAGGCUGCUAUAAUAUACCAAACUGGUCAUCACUGAAGUAUGCAGGCCUCCAAGGGUUAAUGUCCGUGAUGGCAGACAUUAGACCAAAGAAUGAUUUAGGUCAUCCAUUUUGUGACAAUUUAAGAUCUGGUGACUGGAUGAUUGAUUAUGUCAGUAAUCGCCUGAUUUCACGUGCAGCAGCCUGUGCAGAAGUUGGUAAAUGGUUGAAAGCCAUGUUUGUCUACCUGAAGAGAAUUCCACGUUACCUCAUCCCAUGUUACUUUGAUGCCAUAUUAGUGGGUGCAUACACAACGCUUCUGGAUGUCGGAUGGCGUCAGAUGUCUAGCUUUGUGCAGAAUGGAUCAACAUUUGUGAAACACCUUUCCUUGGGUUCGAUCCAGAUGUGUGGCAUAGGAAGAUACUCCUGCCUGCCAGAUCUGUCUCCUUCCUUGCGUGAUGUUCCCUAUAGGCUGAAUGAGAUUACGAAUGUGAAAGAGCAGUGUUGUGUUUCCUUGGCAGCUGGUUUACCUCACUUUUCCUCUGGAAUUUUUCGCUCCUGGGGAAGGGAUACCUUUAUUGCACUGAGAGGUCUAAUGCUGGUUACUGGGCGCUAUCUAGAAGCAAGAAACAUCAUUUUAGCAUUUGGUGGGACUUUAAGACAUGGUCUCAUUCCCAAUCUGCUUGGCCAGGGGACACAUGCGAGGUACAACUGUCGAGAUGCUGUAUGGUGGUGGCUUCAGUGUAUCCAGGACUACUGUACAAUUGUGCCAAAUGGAUUAGACAUUCUCAGGUGUCCUGUUUCUCGGAUGUAUCCAACAGAUGACUCUUCUCCUCAGCGUGCGGGCACUGUGGAUCAGCCACUCUAUGAAGUAAUACAGGAAGCAAUGCAACGACACAUGGAAGGCAUAAAUUUCCGCGAAAGGAAUGCCGGUCCACAGAUAGAUCAAAAUAUGAGAGAUGAAGGUUUUAAUGUAACUGCAGGGGUUGACCAUGAAACUGGCUUUGUCUUUGGAGGGAACCGUUUCAAUUGUGGCACUUGGAUGGAUAAAAUGGGAGAGAGCGACAGAGCUCGCAACAAAGGAAUUCCAGCUACUCCAAGAGAUGGCUCUGCUGUGGAAAUUGUUGGCUUGUGCAAGUCAGCUGUUCGCUGGUUGCUGGAAUUAUCUGGGAAAAAUGUGUUUCCAUUCCAUGGAGUCACUGUAAAAAGACACGGAAGGGAGGAGACCAUCACAUAUGAUGAAUGGAACAGAAAAAUCCAAGAGCACUUUGAAAGGCUCUUCUUUGUCUCUGAGAACCCAGCAGAUCCUAAUGAGAAACAUCCCAAUCUCGUUCACAAACGUGGCAUUUAUAAGGACAGCUACGGAGCUUCAAGUCCGUGGUGUGAUUACCAACUCAGGCCAAACUUUACAAUAGCCAUGGUUGUGGCCCCUGAGUUAUUCACACCUGAGAGAGCUUGGAAAGCUCUGCAGAUAGCAGAGGAAAAGCUGCUUGGUCCAUUAGGCAUGAAAACCUUAGAUCCAGAUGAUAUGGUUUACUGUGGAGUGUAUGAUAAUGCUCUUGACAACGACAACUAUAAUGUAGCCAGAGGUUUUAAUUAUCACCAAGGACCUGAAUGGCUGUGGCCAAUUGGCUAUUUUCUUCGUGCCAAACUGCACUUUUCCAAGCUGCUUGGUCCAGAGAUCUAUGCAAAAACUGUAGUUAUGACUAAGAAUGUUCUUUCUCGACACUAUGUUCACCUUGAAAGAUCAUCCUGGAAGGGGCUUCCAGAGUUGACCAAUGAAAAUGGACAGUAUUGCCCUUUCAGCUGUGAAAGUCAGGCCUGGUCUAUUGGGGUUAUCCUUGAAAUCCUUUAUGACCUGUAAAAGUUCAUUGAUUUUGAUCAAACUUCUGUGGUCUUAUUAUUGGGCAUAAAUGAACACUUGGCUUAUACUGCAGGGAAAUGUCCUGUUCUGCACAACCAGUGAAGCUGUGUCCUGACUUUCAAAGAUGCUGAAUGCCAGCAGCUCCCUUGCCUCUAACUGUGUGGGGCUUGGGUGGUGUAUUUGAAAAUCAGGCCACGACAAUCAAACAAAACUGCAGUGCACACUUAAUGCAGAAACUUUUACUUCAGGAGCAAGUUUAAGCAUAUGCACAAACUUAAAAGUAGCUUUGUUCUUUUUAGACUUUUUGAAUCAAAAUCUUAAUGUAACAAAGGGAGCUCUUUGCUGAGCUAAAAAUGAGUAGCACAGCUCUGGUUUUGUUGUCUCAUAAAGAGUAAAUGGCUGUUUUGCAAAUGCAUGCUUAAAGGGGCAUACACUAUCGUACACCUUUGAGUUUUGUACGGUUUGUGAUGUGGCACUAUACAUUAAUGAAGGCAUAACUUGUUGUCUCUCGAACUAUAUUACAGGAUGUUUUUUAUGUGUUCAAUUGAACACUCCAUUAAGCAGCCCCAGAAAUAAAAUUUACAAAUGCUGUAAUAAACCAACCUUUUAAGUUGUAUAAAAAAUUUUCAAAACUUCUAAACUACUUUGAAAGUUAACUUGAGCAAGAAUAAGGCAAUAUCCCACACUGCUCCAUUUUUCCAUUUAUUUAAAAUACUGUGGGCCAUGCAGGAAACCUUCAUUUAAACCUGGCUUUCCCCAUGGGGAAUUCAUAAGAAGCGUGUAUGUGCCCAUACAACACAUGUUGAUGGAGGCCAAGGAUACAGAAGUCAAUGUGUUCAAUUGCUUAAUUUAUGGAAGUGAUAUAGUCACCUUGGCCCUUUAUUCUUAGGAAGAUCCUAGCUCUGUUGAAGCAGGUGGAAACACAACAGUAGUGAGAAGAAAGUUUAGCAGUAGGCUACCAGAGAACAGAAUGUUUCUAGGCCUUUUGAAAUUACACCAAUAAGAAAAAGCAUCCUACCUCUAUGUACUGUUGCUUGGGAACGGCACCAGUGAACAUGAUGUAAACCAUGUUCUGCCAGAUUUGGAUGCCUAUAUGCCCUAACGGAGUUCAUUUCAGUGUUCCCACAUGGAAGGGUGUUUGACAGGAGCACAGCUGGUAAUUUUCAACUCCCUGUUGAUAUUCUGUGAUUCUGUGAGUUUUCCAUCUUAGUAUAAUAAGGAGACAGAGCGAAGAUGACAACACUUCCUACAUCACAAGGGAGGGACAGCAAAACUGUUAAUGGCAUUUCUUAAUGUUAGACAGCACAAGCUGAAAAAAUAGACACAGGAUGUAAUUAAAAUGCACUAAUAACACAUGUCAAGUUCUCACUAUAUCCAUAUUUUAAAGUUUCUAUACGCUAAGUACAGUGCAAGUGUGCUGUCUUGUUCUGGGAGAUGUGUUACAGGUAGAUAUACUUAAGGGCCAGUUAACAGGCUGAAGGUAGAUGAAUUGUAAGAAGUGGCUGUAUUUAGACUUUGAAAGGCUAGGAAACAUUUGAAGUCCCUUCUGAAUUGAAUAGGCAGGGCCUGUAUUACACCUCAGUUUGAGUGCUGCAGUGCAUGGGUUGGAAAGCUUAUAUUUCUCAGCACAGUGCACGAGAGAUGUCAUUUGUUUGAAAGCAUUACUGAAAGGUCAGCCACAGAUUUACUUUUGUAUUGUGGAAGAGGCGUAUAAAAUAUUUUUCACCAUUUACUGAACCUUCCAAAAUUCUUGAUGAUGUUGAGGUGUAUCACUAGCUUUUUACUGUUUUUCUCGUUAUUUUUUCUCAUUUGUUAUUUGAAGGUAUGUUUUUAUAGCUCCUAUGGCUUAGAAAGCAGGAACAAUAUGGCAGGAAAAAUCAUUCUGACUUGAUGAAACCAUUUUAAAAUUGGAAGAGCUACUGAGGGCUUUUGAAAAAUAUUUUAAAUUGUGUACAUUGGCAAUAGCCCUCUUUCAGUGUUGGAAAAAGAAAUGUUAAAUUAAUCAUCAAAGCCUUCCUAUGUUAUUCCAGAUGACCUUCCACUGCUUUGCAAACUGCACUGGUGAUAGAGACUGCAUAUUUGUCACUGCUAGGGUUUUUUUUCCCAUUCACUAGUACAAUUUUAAAGCUAAAUCACCACUGUGUACACCAAAGUACGUGUUAUGGAACUUCUCAACAUGCCCAUUUAUAAUGUUGCUUCUGCACUGGUUUGUUGAGCAUAGUUAAAUAGGAAAAAAUACGUAUCCUAGUGAUUGACUUUGCUGUUAAGUAGCAACAGAAGUAAGAUUUGAGGUUGUAACUGUUGGGGGAUUUUUUGGGUGGUGGUGUUUAUCACAAAGCUACUCAACACUGUGUUGAGACAGUUUAAAAAUGAAGAGGGAAGAAAGCAGUGUUACAUCUAACACUCAUGGGCUCGUAUUCAUCUAGAUGAACUCUAUACCUAAACCAUUAUCACCUAAAAAUAGCUGACAUGUUGACUGAUCCUGAACUGUAUUUUCAUUCAUUAGUAUCAUUUAUAUUACACACUCAGAAACUCAGUAAUGCAAAGUUAUAAUCACUAAAAUGUGUUUUAGAAAUAAGCUAAGUAACUCGGUAAGAACUGUGAAUCCAUGUGUUCCAGUUGGUGUUUCUUGAUCUAUAUGGUAAUGACACAUCCGUCUUCUCUUCCUCUCAGUUGAAAUAAUUUUGACUGUUUCCAGUGUUCGUAGUUAAUAGCUCUUGAUUUACUCGGAGAUUAUUAACUUGAAUUCAGGUGAAAUCAGGUAUCCUUCCAUGCUGCGUGUUGUCAUGUAAAUGGAAAGACAAGUUUUACAUGUGUCUGCCUAGCACAGCAACACCUGAUUUUAGAUGUCAUUAUUCACUUAUUUCUGAAAUGCACAAAAUAAAACUCUUUCUUUCAGACAAA